GCUUCAGAGUCGAAUGUGAAUCACUGCACGUGUCACGUCUGCCGUUUUCAGACAGGGCGAUCAAUUCCCUGGGUUUCUCCCUCGCUUCUUCCUUUUGUCUUUCCAACUAUUACGUCGAAGUAUUGCAUAGAUCAACCUAAUCAACCUUCGGACAAGAUUCCUAUAAGAAGCCUUCUGCAUCUCCUCUUUUCACCGCCCCUCGGGUAUCUCGUAUUCCUCUCAUCUUUCAAUCUUUUCCUUCCGUCUUUCUUGCUUCUUGUGCAUCAUUUGUCGCUGUAGAUAUGGCCACUGCUUGUCAACCUUCCCAAGUCCUCUCCUUAGUGGAGGACAUCAAGCUGCUUGCUUCGUCGCCAGAUGCAAGUUCGGCACAGCCACAUUUCCGCCUGCUUGGGCUUGUGGAUCAAUUGAAACUGGCCGUCGAGACUCCCACCGAGACCGCAUUGCGGUUGAUCUACCAGGUGAGUUGCGAUGUCCGGCAUGCACUGCUCCUGUUCUUCGCUGAUGCAGUCGCAGCCUCCUCAAAACGCAGCUCUUCGCACCGUCAUCGACUUGGGCCUCUUCCAGCUGCUUGUUAAACAUCCCGACGGGCGGUCGGCGAAGGACUUGGCGGUUCACUCGGGCGCUGAAAAAGCUCUCAUCGGUAGAGUUCCAGAUGCUACUCCAUCUGCAAGAGGUCUAACGGUAAUCCAGUGCGCUUGAUGCGCGUCAUGACGGCGCUGGGUCUGUGUGCCAGCUACGAGCCCGAAGUGUAUUCUCCCACCGACAAGACGAGGGCCAUGACCGAACCUAUUGGGCGCGACGGCGUACCCUGCAUAUACGACUUGACCAUGCCGACGCUGAGCAAGCUCCCCGAGUAUUUCCGUGAGCACAACUACACGACCCCGAAGGAGUACUCGCGCUCCCCCAUGCGGUGGGCUGUCGGACAAAGCCAAUUCGAAUGGCUGGCGCAACGGAAGGAGCACCAAGCCCUCUUCAACUCGUACAUGGCCAGCCGGCGCCACGGGAGGCCGUCCUGGUUCGACGUUUACCCCAUCGAGCGUCUUGCGGAGCAGGCGAUCGACCAUGAUGACGCGGUCUUCGUCGUCGAUGUCGGUGGGAACCAAGGCCACGAUCUUAUGAGAUUCCGCGAGAAACAUCCCGAAGUCCCGGGCCGCCUGGUUGUUCAGGAUCUCCCCAAGGUGGUUUCCGCGCCCCCGGGGAAGGGCAUUGAGCCGAUGGCCUACAGUUUCUUAGAUCCUCAGCCCGUUAAGGGAGCUCGAGCAUACUACUUCCGUGCUAUUUUCCACGACUGGCCUGACUACAUCUGCCAGAAAAUUCUGCUCAACACCGUCUCUGCCAUGGACGAGGAGCACUCGCGCAUCAUCAUUGUAGACUUUGUGCUCCCGGACACCGACACACCGCUCAUGCAGGCGUCGCUGGACAUCCAGAUGAUGAGCAUCGGGUCGGGUAUUGAGCGGUCCGAGCAACAGUGGAGGGAGUUGUUGAAUGAGGCGGGAUUGGAAAUUACGGGGAUUUGGAGUAAGAGCCCGGGCAUGGAGUCGGUGAUUGAGGCGGUGCCACGGCGUUCGAUAACGGAGUAGUCGCCCUUGUGGGGAUCUUUCUUUCUUCUUUGUCUUGAUGUACUUUGUAUUUUAAUUAUUUUUUCUGGGUACUUGAUAUGUAGACGGACGGGAUGGGAGGUCGGCUAUGUGUUACUAGCAAUGAACUAGGAUUCUUUUGCAGUCA